AUGGCCUCUCAUCGCGUCCUCUUGGUUCUCACUCUCUGGAAUUUCAUCCUGCUAGGGGCAUGUCAUCCCAUUCAGCUUGACGUCAAAUACCGCAUCGCCCAAUACAGAGAGGUGAAGCUUAUUGGUGUGCUAUCUUACCUUCUACUGGUUCUUGGUGCAUUCUCAGUGGAGCUGUCACAUGCAGAUACAUUUUCAGGCCCUCCCGGCUUAUAUGUCCAGCCGCUCGUGACGCACCCGUGGAAGACUCCGUGGUAG